UUCUCGCGAGAUUUUCCGAGAUUUGUCCUUAUUUGAUCAAGGCAAGAUGGCGGCGCUUGUGGCCGCGGGAUCCGUCGAAAUCCCCUUGCGGGAUACAGACGAGGUGAUAGAACUUGACCUUGACCAGCUGCCUGAUGGAGAGGAGGUGUUGAACAUCCUACGUCAGGAGAAUGUGGUCCUCACUGUGUGGAUCACACUGGCUCUGGAGUAUUACAAACAGGGUAAGGCUCAAGACUUUGUCAAGAUCCUGGAGGCGGCGCGAACGGACGCCAACCAUGACUACCGGAACCACGAGAUCGACCAGAUGAAGUCGCUGGACACGCUGGCCGCGUACUACGUGCAGCAGGCACGGAAGGAGAAGAACAAGGAUCGCAAGAAGGAGCUGUUCACGCAGGCCACGCUCCUGUACACCAUGGCUGACAAAAUCAUCAUGUACGACCAGAACCAUCUCCUGGGCCGUGCCUGUUUCUGCCUGCUGGAGGGAGACAAGAUGGACCAGGCUGAUGCACAGUUCAACUUUGUACUCAACCAGUCUCCAAACAACAUCCCUGCACUACUGGGAAAAGCCUGUAUCUCUUUUAACAAGAAAGACUACAGAGGAGCCCUGGCCUACUACAAGAAGGCUUUGAGAACAAAUCCUAACUGUCCAGCUGAAGUCAGACUGGGUAUGGGACACUGCUUUAUGAAACUCAGCAAGGCAGAUAAAGCAAGCCUUGCCUUCCAGAGAGCCCUGGAGUUGAACCCCAAGUGUGUAGGGGCCCUGGUGGGCCUGGCUAUCUUAGAACUCAACAGCAAAGAGGACAAGGAAUCCAUCAGGAGAGGUGUACAGUAUUUGUCCAGGGCCUACACCAUAGACUCCACUAAUCCCAUGGUACUCAACCACCUCGCCAACCAUUUCUUCUUCAAAAAGGACUACAAUAAGGUACAGCACCUGGCCCUGCAUGCCUUCCAUGGAACAGAGGUGGAGGCUAUCCAGGCUGAGUCCUGCUAUCAGCUAGCCAGGUCCUUCCACGUACAGGGUGACUAUGACCAGGCGUUCCAGUAUUACUACCAGGCUACCCAGUUUGCCUCCACACAGUUUGUCCUGCCACAGUUUGGACUGGGACAGAUGUACAUCUACAGAGGAGACAACGAAAAUGCAGCACAGUGCUUUGAGAAAGUUCUGAAACACUUCCCCAACAACUAUGAGACUAUGAAGAUCCUGGGCUCGCUGUAUGCACAGUCUUCUGACCAGGAGAAGAGAGACAUUGCCAAGCAACACCUGAAAAAGGUGACAGAACAGUUUCCUGAUGAUGUGGAAGCCUGGAUUGAGCUGGCUCAGAUCUUGGAGCAGUCAGACAUCCAGGGGGCGCUUCAAGCCUAUGGCACUGCCACACGUAUCCUGAAGGAAAAGGUACAGGCUGAUGUGCCACCAGAGAUCCUGAACAACGUGGGGGCCCUGCACUUCAGACUGGGGAACUUACAGGAGGCAAAGAAAUAUUACGUGGCUUCGCUGGACCGUUCCAAACAGGAGGCUCAGCACGACGAGACGUACUACAGCGCCAUCUCCGUCACCACGUCCUACAACCUGGCGCGGCUGUUCGAGGCGCUCUGCAUGUACCAGGACGCAGAGAAGCUGUACAAGGAGGUGCUGAGGGAACAUCCCAACUAUGUGGACUGUUACCUCCGCCUGGGCUGCAUGGCCAGGGACAGGGGGCAGAUCUAUGAGGCCUCCGAUUGGUUCAAGGAGGCUCUCCAGAUUAAUCAGGACCACCCGGAUGCCUGGUCUCUGAUUGGUAACCUCCACUUGGCUAAGCAGGAGUGGGGGCCGGGGCAGAAGAAGUUUGAACGGAUCCUGAAACACCCAGACACGGCUAGUGAUGCCUACUCCAUGCUGGCCCUGGGGAACGUGUGGCUACAGACACUCCAUCAACCACAGAGGGACAAGGAAAAGGAAAAGCGACAUCAGGACCGUGCUCUUGCCAUGUACAAACAAGUCCUGAGGAACGACCCUAAAAAUCUGUAUGCUGCCAAUGGCAUCGGUGCAGUUCUGGCUCAGAAGAACUGUAUCCGGGAAGCCAGAGAUGUGUUUGCACAGGUCCGUGAGGCUACAGCAGACAUGCGUGAUGUGUGGCUGAACCUGGCACACAUCUAUGUGGAACAGCGCCAGUAUGUCAGUGCCAUUCAGAUGUAUGAGAACUGUCUGAAGAAGUUCUAUAAGUGCCAGGACACGGAUGUGCUGCUGUACCUGGCACGGGCGUACUACAAGCUGGGCAAGCAUAAGGAGUGUCGACAGAUCCUGCUCAAGGCCCGUCACGUGUCCCCCCACGACACUGUCCUGCUGUACAACAUGUCGCUGGUCAUGCAGAAAAUGGCCACAUCUGUGCUGAAGGACGAGAAGAGCAACCUGAAGACUGUGCUGGGGGCCGUCAGGGAGCUGGAACUGGCACACAGGUAUUUCAACUACCUGAGCCGAGAGGGUGACCGUAUGAGGUUCGACCUGAAACAGGCAGAGGUUGAAGCCAGGCAGUGCUCUGACUUGCUGAGCCAGGCUCAGUACCACGUGGCGCGGGCCCGCCGUCAGGACGAGGAGGAGCGGGAGGUGAGGAUGAGACAGGAGCAGGAGCGGGAGGCCCUGCGACAGAAACAGCUGGAGGAGCAGCGUAAGAAGACGGAGGAGCGCGAGCAGCAGGCGCGGGAACUGCAGGAGAAGCGACGUCAGUACCUCGACAAGACCAAGAACCUCCUGGUGCUGCCGGACGAGCCGCCGGACGAGCCCAAACCCAGGAAGAAGGGCGGUGGUGGAGGACGGUUUAUACAUGAUCCCAGCAUAAAGAACUCCCAAAGGCGUAAACGUGAUAUAGAUGACAUUAUCGAUGACGGCAGUGGCAGCAGCAUGAGCGGUGGGGAGGGGGGUGCGGAGGGAGGAGUGCCAAAGAAGAAGAAACGGAUGGAAGGAGAGAAGAAGAAGAGAAAGAGGGAAAGAAAACCAGCUCGCGAAGCUGCUGACAGCGAUGACGAAGAAGGGCAGUCUGGGAAGCGCCCGCGGAAACGCAAGCCCAAGGAGCCAAAGUCUCGCCGCGUGACCUCGCUGGAGCCGCAGCUGUCCGCCAAACAGCUGAGCAAGGUCAAGUCCAAGGCCAUCAUCUCAUCCAGCGACUCCAGCUCAGAUGACGAGAAACUCAAGAUCGCAGAGCCUGAGAGUGGCAAAGAGAGCGAUAAAGCUUCCAACAAGAGCGGUAGUUCCAGCGACAGCGGCAGUCAGCGUAUACGAGAACGCAAGCCAGGAGGUGUGCGGGGAAGGGCCAGGGUUCUCUCCGAUAGCGAAAACUCUGAGUCCGAGAAAUCAGCAAGUGGGAGCGGCUCUGACAACGAGAAGCGGUCUGGCGGUUCAGCGAAAUCGGGCAGUGGAAACGAGUCAGGGCGGUCUCGCUCUGGUAGUGAUAACGAAUCAGCCAAUGAAAAGUCAGGCAGUGCCAGUGGGAACGAGUCAGCCAAUGAGAGAUCAGGCAGUGGGAAUGAAUCAGCCAAUGAGAGAUCAGGCAGUGGGAAUGAAUCAGCCAAUGAGAAAUCGGGCAGUGGGAAUGAGUCAGGCAAUGAGGGCUCUGGGAAAGAGUCAGGUGGGGCUAAGAGCUCUGGGAAUGAGAGCUCAGCUAGUGGGGGUGCCAAGUCAGGAUCAGAGAACAGUGACUCAGAUUAGCCUACUCAUCAUAACAUGAUACACCUACCACUGUAAACCCCAAAGGGGCAAGCAGAAUGGGGAUUGACAUCCUUCCAGGAGCUUAACAAAUACUGUUCAUAGUAGUUGUGUUUAUUUACUUGUAGAAUGUAACAAUUAUUCUCUUUUAUGUGAAUUAAUAAGCAAACAUGUCUUAGUAUUACAUCACACAAAUCAUGCAGAAUGACACAUAACUACAUGUAUGUACCCUGUUAGGAGUAACUAGAAAACAUAUCUUUAAGCAUUGUGUUGUAAAUUACUACAAAUUCUUCCCAACUAUUAACGAUAUCUUGUGGUAUUAGUAAUUGUUACAAUUAUAUUAUAGUAAGGAUAUUUCAAUGUAACAUGCCUACAAUUUUUCUGUCAUAAUGGUUUCAAAUGCAAAACCUUUGACUGUUCAUUUUGACACUGACACUUUGUUUAGAUCAAGUGCAAUUGUGUCAUAAUGUUGUAAAAAGCAUGUAUGUUACCAUUUAAUUAAACAGAAUAUACAUGUACUCUGUAUUGUAUAAGAUAGCAUGUGUAUUUUUCUCUCAACAAUAACAGGAACUGACAUAAGUCUAUAGAAAACUGAUUAAAAGAUGAUUG